AUGAAGAAUUUAGGAGCGAUUUUGCUCUUAAAAUUUGUUCUUGUUUCGUUCCAUUUCCAAGCAUCUGACGCUUUCGUGAAGCUUGUUCUGUUCGGUACGAAAGUGGAGAUGAAAAGCAAUGUAAAAACGUUUAACAUUUCGUACACGUUCCACAAUCCUGAAUCGUUAACGAACCAAUCACUUGACUUUAAUAUUUACCUCUUGCGAAAGUUAAACGAUUUAAAGAUGGUAAUGUCAUACAAUGUCGUCGCACUGAAUGGCACUGUACAGAACGAGCUUCUGAAACGUUCGAUCGAUGUUUGUUUUUUCUUUCGAAAUCCACGCUCCGAUCGGUUGGUGAAAAGUGUCUUUGACUAUAUUAAGGCACGCAGCCACCUGCCAGCGAGAUGUCCGAUCCCGCCCGACUACUAUAACAUGUGCAACCUAAGACUUUCCGAUGUGCCACUGCCAGCGCUGCUACCGGAAACGGAGUUUAUGGUGCAACUGGCAUACUAUUCCGGACUUAAGCAGGAAAUUAUAGCCUCCUUUAAGUUGUACGGGAAGCUGGUGCGAAUUGUUGAAAAUAUAUUACCCAUCAUUCAAUAG